AUGGCCGAAGGCGAGGACCUGCAGACCUUCACCUCCAUCAUGGACGCUCUCGUCCGCAUCAGCGUGAGCAGCCGCCUCGGCGGGGGAGUUGGAGGGGGGGUCACCGCGGGGCGGCCGGGCGGGCUCUCCCGGGCCCAGACCAGCAUGAAGAACAUGGAGCGGGAGCUGGUGUGCCCUGUGUGCAAGGAGAUGUACAAGCAGCCCUUGGCCCUGCCCUGCACCCACAACGUGUGCCACGUCUGUGCCAGCGAGGUGCUGCUGCAGCAGGGCUACCUCUGCUGCGACCCCACCUCCGAGCCCUCCUCCCCUGCUGCCACGCCCACCGCCCGCAGCCCACGCCUGGGCCGCCGCUCCCUGGCCCCCAAGCCUGACCGCCUCGACCGCCUCCUCAAGUCAGGCUUUGGCACCUACCCGGGGCGCAAGCGUGGCACCGUGCACCCCCAGACCGUCAGCUUCCCCUGCCCGGCCUGCCGGCGGGACGUGGAGCUGGGCGAGCGGGGCCUGGGCAGCCUCUUCCGCAACCUGACGCUGGAGCGGGUGGUGGAGCGUUACCGGCAGACCAUCGACAUCAGCGCUGCCAUCAUGUGCCAGUUCUGCAAGCCCCCCCAGCUGGAGGCCACCAAGGGCUGCACCGAGUGCAAGUCCAGCUUCUGCAACGAGUGCUUCAAGCUCUACCACCCCUGGGGCACCCAGAAAGCCCAGCACGAGCCCACGCCCCCCACCCUCACCUUCCGCCCCAAGGGGCUGAUGUGCCCAGAGCACAAGGAGGAGGUCACUCACUACUGCAAGACCUGCCAGCGCCUGGUGUGCCAACUGUGCCGCGUGCGCCGCACUCACACCAGCCACAAGAUCACUCCGGUGCUCAGUGCCUACCAGGCCCUCAGGGAGAAGCUGACAAAGAGCCUUGCCUACAUCCUGAGCAGCCAGGACACGGUGCAGACCCAGAUUGCUGAGCUGGAGGAGACUGUGAAGCAUACAGAGGUGAACGGCUCACAGGCCAAGGAGGAGGUCUCACAGCUGAUCCAGGGGCUGUGUGCCAUACUGGAGGAGAAGAGAUCCACCCUGCUGCAGGCCAUCGAGGAGUGCCAGCAGGAGCGGCUGGCAAGCCUGCACUGCCAGAUCCAGGAGCACCAGGCCAUGCUGGAGAACUCGGGCAUGGUAGGCUAUGCCCAGGAGGUGCUGAAGGAGACUGACCACCCCUGCUUUGUCCAGGCUGCCAAGCAGCUGCACAACAGGAUCCUCAGGGCCACCGACUCGCUGCAGAGCUUCCGUCCUGCAGCCACAGCCUCCUUCAGCCACUUCCAGCUGGACGUCAGCAGGGAGCUGAAGCUGCUCACCGACCUGGCCUUCAUCCGAGUUCCCGAGGCUCCUGUCAUCGACACGCAGCGCACCUACGCCUACGAUCAGAUCUUCCUCUGCUGGCGGCUGCCGCAGCACUCCCCGCCCGCCUGGCACUACACCGUGGAGUACCGCAAGACGGAGGCCAGGGCCAAGGGGCUGAAGCUGUGGCAGCGGCGGGAGGAGGUGCGAGGCACCAGCGCCCUGGUGGAGUACCUGGACACCGACAGCGUCUACGUGCUGCGGGUGAAGGGCUGCAACAAGGCAGGGUUCGGGGAGUACAGCGAAGACAUCUACCUGCACACCCCCCCCGCCCCAGUCCUCAACUUCUUCCUGGACAACCGCUGGGGCUUCAACCGGGACCGGCUGGCCAUCAGCAAGGACCAGCGGGCGGUGCGCAGCGUCCCUGGCAUCCCGAUGCUCUUCGCCGCCGAGCGCCUCAUGACCAGCUGCCACCUCUCCAUCGACCUGGUGAUCGGCGACGUGGCCAUCACCCAGGGCAAGAGCUACUGGGCCUGCUGCGUGGACCCCAGCUCCUACCUGGUCAAGGUGGGGGUGGGGCUGGAAAGCAAGCUGCAGGAGUGGUUCCAGGUGCCGCAGGACGUGGUGAGCCCCAGGUACGACCCCGACAGCGGGCACGACAGUGGGGCAGAGGACACGACGGUGGAGGCUCCCCCCCCUUAUGCCUUCCUCACCAUUGGCAUGGGCAAGAUCCUCCUCUCCCACGGCUCAGCCCUCACCUCCCGCGACCCCAACGGCUGCACCGUGCCCUUGCCCCCUCGCAUUGGCAUCUGCCUGGACUACGAGCAGGGCAAGGUCAGCUUCUACGACGCCGUCUCCUUCCGCGAGCUCUGGGAGUGCUUCGUGGACUGCUCGGGGCCGGUCUGCCCUGCCUUCUGCUUCAUCGGAGGGGGUGCCCUGCACCUCCAGGAGCUGGUGGCCAACAAGCAGGAGCGCAAAGUGACCCUCGGAGGCUUUGCCAAGCUGGACUGA